GACGAGAACCGUGGGUCUUGCAAGUCCAGGUCUUCAGAUACGCCUUGGAGGAGCUACUAGGGAAGCUGGCGCUCAACUGUGAAACGAUUGAAAAGGACAUAUCCUACCAACUAUAUGAGGUGGGGGCAUAUGUCAGGAUGAACGUAGCUCGAGGACUAGAAGACAUGCGACUGCAGGAUUGGAACCGACUUGGAAAGGUGACAUCAAGCAUAAAGCAGUAUCUUGAAUCGACAUCUGUCGUCAAGUUAUUGGAUACAACAGUCAAGUUUGUGACAGAAAGGCCAGGAGUAAUGUCACUGAAUCAGCUGAGUAAGUAUCCCCACAGGCUUAAAAGAUACCAUUCCUCACCUUUGCAUCCUCCAGCAUGUACGAUAAGGAUCAGAUGUCAGGCAAAAGGUCCACCUGCGGUCUCACCAUACUUUGUGGUGCGGAAGGAAGGAUGGCAGAUCAUGGAACAGAAGCUUUUAGGACCACGAGCAGAAGGUCUGAACGUGUUUGUUAUCAGUGGAAUGGGAGGAUGUGGAAAGACACAAAUGGUGUCAUACUUUGUGCAGGCACAUCAUCAAAAGUGA